GCGUGUGAGUCUCAUCAAGAAUUCGCUGAAAACACCGCUGACUAUUGAAUGCAUAAUAACUUGCAAUUUGAAUCCCUGGUAUAUAAAUAAAAACCUCAAGAUAACCUCUUCAGUUCGUUGGUCUCAGCCUCAGAGAUUGCUCGAAAAUGAGCCCAUCACAAAUCUAUGCGUGCUUGAUACAGUUUUGCAUAAUGGUACACAUACUAGGCCAAAAUACUACAUUGGUAAUAUUCAUGCCACAAUGCUCGACACAGAACGACUGCCCUGAUGUUCUGACAUGUAUAGACAUGAAGUGUGAGGACCCCUGUCCUGGGGCCUGUGGCCAAAACUCCUCCUGCAAGGUGCACAAAACACGUGCCCUUCUGCUCAUUCUCUUCCGGUUUCUUCGGCAAACCGUUCCCAGGGCGUACUCGACAGAUGAUUCAGAAUCAGUGCUUAGAGAAUGCUGACUGCCCUUCAGAUAAGACUUGUAUAAAUCAGAAGUGUGAAGACCCCUGCUAUAACGUCUGCAACGGUAACAACACCAGUUGCCAGGUCCACAACCACAUCCCUUACUGCGCCUGCAAGCAAGGCUUCUAUGGUGACCCACUCACUGCAUGUAAUCAACAAUUUCUUUCCGGAAGUUGGCCGCUAAUCCCAGGAGCAAAGAAACAUUUUGAAGUGGAAACUGUUAAGGCAAACUGGUAUGGUGCUAUGGUCCAUUGUAUGAAACACGGCGGCAGGCUUGCCACCAUCUCGAAUUUCGAGGAGAACGAGAUAAUCAAAGCGAAGAUCAACAAGUCUGGGCAGAAACCUCAGUUCUGGGUGUCAGGGAUGAACCUCGCCCUAACUACCACGUGGACUUGGAUGAGCACAGGGCAACCCUUUACCUUCACAGACUGGAUUUCUGGACAGCCCGACCACUGGAUAGAUCCGGCUGUGGGAGAACACUGCGUGGACCUAUGGGAUAGGGGGAACUACAGCUGGAAUAGCAGGAAACUGCUUGGAAAUCUCAUAUUUCAUUUGUGAAUAUUACGACUGAUAUUAUUUUUGCAGUUGUUUCAUACCGCCACACAGAAAUGUUAGCGCAACAUUGUUAUUAAUGUAUUUAUCACAAAAGUUAAUUUUUUGUAAAAAAAUUAAUAAAUAUUACAAAUUUUCCACAAUA